UCGGCAGCGCCUGCGCUUCCGGGUUCCCGGCCGGAGCCUUGGGACCGCGGAGCAGAGCAGGUCAGCACAGCAAGCAAGGGCGGUCAGAAAGGGAGCUUUGAAAGGAGAGAGGUGCAUGUCUCCAGGAAAGAAGCAGAGCGGCCACCUGAGGGAUUAUGGGGGACUUCCAGAGGCCAAUUACAGCGCUGAAAGCAAUUGAUGUGUUUACACUGGCAAUGCAGCGCAGACGUGAUAAAUCGAUCCCCGAACAUGUGCCCCAUCGACUCCAGAACUCCAUCAGGGCGAGAGGCGGAAGCGGAGUCGACGGGGGAGCCGCGGCCAUCGAUCCUAUGCCAUGAGGACGGGAGGUGUCAUGUGAUCAGAGUUAGGUGGCAGCAGGAGUUGAAAUGCAUUCCAGUCACACCACUGAAAAUGGACCUGACCCCAAGGUAGUAAUACAGUUGAUCAAGAAGCAGUUGGUGAGUUCCAUCAAGGGAUUGCAGAAACAGUAUGUAACCUCCGAUGCUGUUGUAACCAGUGACACUGAAGAUGCUAAUGCCCUGUGCUGUGCACUAGAGGCUGUGUUUGUGCAUGGACUGAAGGCGAAGUACAUAAAAACAGAGGCUGGAGUAAAAGGGAAAAAACCAUGUGGCCGUGCACCUCUUCCCCAGCCCGUCUUCUGGGGCUUGCUGAAAACCAUCACGCACAGAAACAUCAUUUUAGAGCUGGAACAGUUAAGUUUUAUCAGCACUGACGUGGGGCGCUGCCGUGCCUGGUUAAGGCUUGCCUUGAACGAUGGCCUCAUGGAGUGUUAUUUGAAGUUACUGCUACAGGAGAAGUCCAGGCUGCCUGAAUAUUAUCAGACAUCAGCCCUGCUGCUGGAUGCAGAGGAAUGUGAAUUUCUGCUUAGCUUCUUGCAGGGGUUAGCUUCCCUGACCUUCGAACUGUCCUAUAAAUCAGCAGUUUUAAAUGAAUGGACUGUAACUCCCUUGUCCCUGUCUGGUCUGUGUCCUGUUUCGGAGCUUCUGGAGCAUCUAACAUCCUCUAGUUCUGAAUCCCAGAGAAAGGAGUCCCUGGGUUUGGUCUCACGUUCUUCGGGGUCUGAUGAUAUUGAAGUUCAGCGCAGCAUAUUGUCCCUCAGUAAAAAUGAGGACCAAAGUAAACUUACGUGCUCCACACUAAGCCUUAACACUACAAGUUCAUCCCAGCUGUCCUCCAGCCUGGGCUCUGAUGGCAUCCUGCAGGCCAACUGCACUACAAGUCCUGAUAGAUGUGAGGAACCCCUGUUGUGUGACUCUGAUUUAGGGGCAGCAAACGCAGAGGAUUUAGACAGAUCUCUGCAAGAGGUAUUGUCUGAAUUCAGCAAAGUACAGCAAGUCUCUGAACCUACAGAAGAACCGCUCCUUCCUAAUGUAUUGGUGCCUGCCCCGUUGCAGCCCGCACUUCCUCCUGCUGUCUCCAGAGCCUCUCACCUGCAUUUAAAUGUAACAGCGGAGAGCACUCUUUGUUCUGCACCGCUCCCUGGCACAGAUAACCCACAGUCCAUCUGUGUGGACGAUCUAGCUAAAGCCAGCAAGAUAUCAGAUCCUCCUUCACAUGUUACAGGAAUCCAGUUGUUGUCUCAGCCAAUCAUAACACACAGUGGUGCAGCAGACAAAGAUUCAUCCCAACAGCUUUACAUUAUUAACCCAGAAGAUAAAGAUGGAACCAGUAAGAUAAAUGGUCAUAAGGAAAGCCAAGAGGAUCUCAGCCCAGUGACAGAAUGCUUUCUUUCACCAGAAACAGCUUGUCCAAAAAGAAGGAACUGGAUAUCAGAAGAUGAUUUCUACAGGCCUUCUCCAGAAGGGAGCAGUAAAGGCCUAACUGAUUCUUAUGGGUCCUCUCUUGAGGGGGCCAGAGAAGGCCAGUCCACAGAACUGAUCAGUGCACUUGAUUUGGAGGGACCCUGCUUAUCCUCUUCAAAGACUGGGAAGCCCAAGCCAUCCCCUGACCAGGAACAAAAGGGCUUCCAUGUUGUUCAUCGCAGGCAGAUCGGUCUUUCCAAUCCGUUCCGAGGCCUCUUGAAGCUGGGCAGUCUGGAGAGGAGGGGAGCAAUGGGCCUCUGGAAAGAGUUCUUCUGUGAGUUAUCCCCACUGGAGUUCCGCCUCUUCCUGGACCACGAAGAGCGGAUUUACAGUGAGAAUUACUCUCUGCUGCGAUGCGAGUCGCUGGGGCUGGUUCACAGUGAUGGCCGGUUUGAGCUGGUGUUUUCUGGUAAGAAACUGUGCUUACGAGCUCCUUCCCGAGACGAAGCUGAGGACUGGCUAGACAGGAUACAUGAGGCUCUACACAAGUGUCGGCCUCAGCAGGAGGAGGAAUGGGAGACACUUGACUGUCCAGAAGACGACCUUGAAGAACACACAGUCGGAGUGUUGCUCAGUGACUCAGCUGCUUUGCUUCAUUACAACAACACAGCUGGAAAUGCCUAUGAUUGGACGUCUUCUCUUGCACCAGAAUUAGAUGCCAUUAAAGAAUCGGUUCUUUAUAUGGAUGUAGAUAAAGCUUGGGCUCCUUUUAUUUUUUCCUUGUCGUUAGAAGCUUUAAAAUGCUUUAAAGUAAAAAACCAUGAAAAAAUAUUAAGCAAUAGCUAUGGAAUAGAGACAAUCCAAGACAUUCUUCCCGACACAAGUCUUGGUGGGCCUGCGUUUUUCAAGGUGAUAACCUCUAAAGCCAUCUUGAAGCUGCAAGCUGAGAGUGCUGAUGCCGCCGCAGCAUGGAGGGGGCUUGUUCGCAGAGUAUUAACCUCAUAUCUCGAAACUGCGGAGGAAGCACUGACACUUGGUGGCAAUUUGGAUGGGAAUUCUCAGGCAAUCUUGAAAAACACUGUAAAGGAAAAUGGUUUUUUCUUACAAUAUCUGGUGGCCAUCCCCAUGGAGAAAGGACUGGACUCCCAGAGUUUCAUAUGUGCAGGUUGCUCCAGACAGAUCGGACUCAGUUUUGUGAAACCCAAACUUUGUGCAUUCUCUGGCCUCUAUUACUGUGACAGCUGCCAUCAGGACGACGAGUCUGUGAUUCCAUCGCGCCUUAUCCACAACUGGGACUUGACUAAAAGAGUAGUUUGUCGACAAGCUUUAAAAUUUCUGAAUCAAAUCCGCAAUCAACCUUUAAUUAAUCUGAAGUUGGUGAACGAAAGCCUGUAUGCUCACGUGGAGAGGAUGAGUCUUAUCUGUAGAAGCAGAGAACGGCUGAAACUACUUGGCGAUUACCUUAUAAUGUGUCGCAGUGGGGCCCUGAAGGAGCUUAGCAAACGACUUGAUCAUCGGGACUAUCUAUUGGAAUCACCCCAUAAAUACAGUGUAACUGAUCUGAGACAGAUAGCCGAUGGCAUAUUUGAAGUGUACCUGCAAUCUCUGAUCCAGUUUGCUUCCCACCAUGUCUAUAACUGUGACCUCUGUACCCAGCGGGGCUUUAUCUGUCAGAUUUGUAACCACAGCAGCAUCAUUUUCCCCUUUGAGUUCGACACAACCACCCGAUGCAGAGAUUGCAAAACUGUCUUCCACAAGUGCUGCCAAGACAGCAUGAAAUCUUGCCCCCGCUGUGAACGCCGGCAGAAAUACCAGCAACAAUUGCAAGCAGACAUCCUCGUGGAACCAAAUAUGUAGUGAGCAGCUUCUCACAGAUGGACUGUACACAGGGCUUUGCUCAUCUGCAAACUUGUGACCUGGACACUGCAGAGGAAGGGAAAAGGGAGCGUACACCAAGUGCUAUUCAGUCCUAGAAAAUACAUUCCUACUACUGGUUGGAGCAGCUCCUGUGUGCAGAUGUUCACCAGGGUAGGAGUAGCCUAAACCAUACAGUGCUAUGAGGAUGCCUAGGACAGGUGCAGCUCCUCAUGUACAAGCAGAGGCUACUGCUCCUGUGAGUGCUGAAAAGAGAGCCAGUGAAGUAAAAGCCUGCUGGAAAAGAUCAGUGACUCACAAAGUAAUGGUGCUUCUAUUCACACUAAUCUGGUGCUGCUGAUUUUUUGCUGAAUGUCCUUCCCUGCAAAAGAAGUGUGUUCCAUUUACUGAGCUCCACGGGUUCCCAUCUUAGAGGAGAUACUACUUGGGAUGGAAAUCUGAUAGAUUUCCUGUGUGUAAACCACAAGGUUUGCAGUGGCGUGCCUGUAACGGAAGUAUGUUAGAGGUCUAGUUCUUUAGGAUAUUCGCAAUACUGAAAGCCAGAAUUUUUCAUACAUGACUUUGCACAGGAACUGCAUCUCACCUGCUUGGGAAAUAAGCAUAGCAGCUACCUGCAGCCAAACUGCAGGGGAACU